AUGAUCCAAGCGAUGACCGGACAUGGUGGGUUCUCCGAGUAUCUGUACCGAUUCCGAUGCAAGGAGAACCCUUCAUGCGUCUGUGAGUCAGGAGUUGAGGAGACAGUGCUGCACGUACUUUUAGAUUGUCCCAGGUUCGGCAAACAAAGGUACGAUUUUGAGAAGUCGAUCGGAGCAAGACUGGAAGAAGAGAAAUUAUAUUUAUUAUUAGAUAGUAAAAUUACUCUAAUCCAGGUGUAUGCACCUACUACCGAUGCUACUGAUGAGGAUAAUGAACUCUUUUAUGAACAAUUAGAAACCGCCCUUAAACAUCUUAAUCCACAUAACAUUAUCCUCGUCCAAGGUGAUUUUAAUGCAAAAAUCGGGGAGGGCAAAGUCUCGGACAUCGUUGGUUCAUUCGGACUGGGAAAAAGAAACGAUCGCGGUGACCGCCUUUUACAAUUCUGUGAAGAACACGGGCUUAUAAUUUCAAACACCCACUUUAAGCAACCUCCAAGAAGAUUGUAUACGUGGAAGUCACCAUUACAUUCGCUGAAGAAGAUCGUCCGUAAUCAAAUAGAUUACAUACUUAUAAACAGAAGAUAUCGCAACAGUUUAACAUCAGUCAAAACCUACCCAGGCGCCGAUAUUGGUUCUGAUCACAAUCCGGUUGUUGCAUCCCUCCGCUGUAAUAUGAAAAUUCUAAAACCUAAAUAA